GGUUCCGGAAGUGACGUCACGCGGGGCUGUCACACAGAAAGCGGCACAUGUGCGCGGUCAGGCGGGCAUGAGGUUCCAGGCGGUGGCGGAAAAGGCCCGAUUAAAGACGUUGUAACAUUUUAACUACAUCCUCUCUUUUUGUUUUUGCUAAAGACCUUUUUUUUUUAAAUUGACAAAAAGUACUCGGAAAGUUGUCGGGUAAAAGUUGAUUGGACAUCAUGGCGGACUACCUUAUUAGUGGUCAGACUGGCUACGUCCCCGAGGACGGACUCACGGGGCAACAGUUGUUUAACGGAGGAGAUGGACUCACAUACAAUGACUUCCUCAUUCUGCCAGGAUAUAUUGACUUUACAUCAGAUCAAGUGGACCUGACCUCGGCGCUCACCAAACAAAUCACAAUGAAAACCCCCUUUGUCUCCUCCCCCAUGGAUACAGUCACAGAAUCCAAUAUGGCUAUCGCCAUGGCAUUAACAGGUGGCAUCGGUUUCAUCCACCACAACUGUACUCCAGAGUUCCAGGCCAAUGAAGUCCGUAAAGUCAAGCGGUACGAGCAGGGCUUCAUAACGGACCCCGUGGUGAUGAGCCCCCGCCACCGCGUGCACGACGUCUUUCAGGCCAAAGCCCGCUACGGCUUCUGCGGCAUUCCCAUCACGGAAGACGGCAAGAUGGGGAGCAAGCUGGUUGGCAUCAUCUCCUCUCGAGACAUCGACUUCCUGAAGGAGGAUGACCACGGCCUGCCUCUCAGUGAGGUGAUGACAAAGCGAGAGGAUCUUGUCGUCGCACCUGCAGGGGUGAUGCUCAAAGAAGCUAAUGAAAUCCUGCAGAGGAGUAAGAAAGGCAAGCUGCCCAUCGUCAAUGAAGAGGGCUGCCUGGUGUCCAUCAUCGCCCGAACUGACCUGAAGAAGAACAGAGACUUCCCCCUGGCCUCCAAAGACUCUCGCAAACAGCUGCUGUGUGGCGCCGCUAUCGGCACGCACAACGACGACAAAUACCGACUGGACCUGCUGGUGCAAAGCGGAGUAGAUGCGAUUGUACUGGAUUCCUCCCAGGGUAACUCAAUAUUUCAGAUCAACAUGAUCAAAUACGUCAAAGAGAAGUACCCAAGUCUACAAGUCAUCGGUGGCAAUGUGGUGACUGCCGCUCAGGCGAAGAACCUGAUCGACGCAGGAGUGGAUGGACUGAGAGUCGGGAUGGGCAGCGGGUCCAUUUGCAUCACGCAGGAAGCUCCCCCCAGUAUACCUCCUGCUAUAAAGCUUCACAGUCCCAAAACCCCAACCACAAUUACGGGAUUCUCCAUGCUUGCAUGCGGCAGACCUCAGGCCACGGCUGUCUACAAGGUGUCCGAGUACGCCAGACGCUUUGGCGUGCCGGUCAUCGCCGACGGCGGCAUCCAGACCGUCGGACACGUCGCUAAAGCUCUGGCACUGGGAGCGUCCACAGUGAUGAUGGGCUCGCUGCUGGCUGCCACAAGUGAAGCUCCCGGUGAAUAUUUCUUCUCCGACGGCAUCCGGCUGAAGAAGUACCGCGGCAUGGGCUCCCUGGACGCCAUGGACAAAAACCUGGGUUCCCAGACCAGAUACUUCAGUGAGAGCGACAAGAUCAAAGUCGCCCAGGGUGUUUCAGGAGCCGUGCAGGACAAGGGCUCCAUCCACAAGUUUGUCCCUUACCUGCUGGCCGGCACUCAGCACUCGUGCCAGGACAUCGGCACCAAAAGUCUGACCCAGCUCAGAGCCAUGAUGUACAGCGGAGAUCUGAAGUUUGAGAAGAGAACAUCGUCCGCACAAAUGGAGGGCGGCGUCCACAGUCUGCACAGUUAUGAGAAACGUCUGUUUUGAAGAUGGAGGGUUCUUCCCAUUAAAACCCACAUCAAACAGGACCCUUUUUAAUCACACACACACACACACACACACACACACACACAAGUGUGACCUCAAAGAGUUUGUAUCCAUGAAGUCUUCCAGCAUCUUCUUAUAAUAAUGUUCACAAAAAGCAUUUAUCAGUCGCUGCACAUCUGACUGUUCUCUUAAUGCCUUCCAUCCUCUGUGAUCAUUUUUUAAAGAAUUAAAUGUAACUUUUUUCAACAUAA